AUGACGACGCUGGGUGGCGAGCUGGGGGAGGCGUUGGGCAAGGCAGACGUGGGCAGCAAGGCAAGACGCUCCAAGGCUACUCCGGUGACACCGCGGGUCCCCAACGCCCGCGCCAAGGCCAAGCUGGGAGAAUUGACGUCGAUGGAAAGUGCAAAACUGCGGCUCGCUGACAAGAACCUGGAGGUUACGGUGAGAUUAUUUCUAUGGUUCGUGCUCGGGAAGAAGCGCAGGCCAUGCUGGCGGCUGCGGCUGCUCAUGGGGACGAACAGAUCCAGCGCACCAGCGUUCCGGGGCCGCUCACACAGCAGGCAAGCAGCACCGGCGCCCCCCAUGGCCAACACUUCCUGGUCCAGUGGCCUGUGCGGCUGCUUCGACGACGUUGGCGGCUGUUGCCUGACCUUCUUCUGCCCCUGCGUCACCUUCGGGAGGAUCGCCGCGAUCGUCGACAAGGGAGACACAUCUUGCUGCCUGAGCGGGACCGGGUAUCUGCUGCUCAACUGGUUUGCAGGGUUGGGCUGCCUCUACUCCUGCUACUACCGCUCCAAGCUGCGGGAACAGUAUGGCCUCCAGGAGAAGCCCUGCCCCGACUGCUGCGUCCACAUGUUCUGCGAGGCCUGCGCCCUCUGCCAGGAGUACCGCGAGCUCAAGAGCCGCGGCUUCGACAUGAGCGCCGGAUGGCAGGAGAACGGCGCUGCGACCGCCGCGCCCCAGAUGAACCCAGGGAUGACUCGUUAGUGCGUCCGCAUCUUCCGAUCAGUCGACUACUGCAUGCAUAUUAGUCGACUACUGCACGCAGUGCAUGCCAGCUUCUACGCCGGUCCUGUCAUCAGAUUAUGUUUAUGAUCGAGUGUAUGUGUGUCCGCCUUCCACCAUAUGAGUUGUUUCCAUAGAUAUUCGAAUCGGUAUAAUUGUAUCAAUGCCUUCUUUAUGUGCUAUAUGCGUGUUAUUGAGCGUGUGGACUGUAUAGACGUUUAUAUCCAUGAUCAAUGUAACUUUCAACUUCUGCUUC